AUGGGCCUCUCACAAACACUUCUCUUCUACCUGCUGCUGUGCGUCCACCUUGGAGUUUCCCAGCACUACCUUCGCCUCCGUCCAUCUCCCAGUGAUCACCUCCCCGUGCCUGACCUCAAGGAGGACCCCGACCCGGAGUACGACCCCCGGGAACAGGACUUGUCCGAGAGGACUCUAAGGAAAAAACUCGGCAGCAACUUUGACCCAAACUUCAUGUCCAUCAGCUCACCUAUGCUGGUGAACCUCUCUGCUCCGGACAACCAGGUGAAGCUGCAAGGGCCCAUGCCCAACGAGAUUAAAAAGCUGGACCUGACAGAGACCCCAUAUGGAAAGCGGGUCAAAGUGGGCAAGAAGGCCCGCAGGAAAUUUUUGCAGUGGCUCUGGACCUACACGCACUGCCCCGUGGUGUACACCUGGAAGGAUUUGGGCGUGAGGUUCUGGCCGCGUUACAUCAAGGAGGGGAACUGUUUCUCUGAGCGCUCGUGCUCCUUCCCCGAGGGCAUGUCUUGCAAACCCGCCAAGUCAAUCAACAAGAUUUUCCUGCGGUGGUAUUGUCAAGGGUUUCUAAAACAGAAAUUCUGUACGUGGAUACAGGUGCAAUACCCAAUCAUCUCAGAGUGCAAGUGCUCGUGCUGAUUUUCUCUAAGGAAGGAGUGUUGGUGGUCGCGGGGGGAGUGGACUGGAAAUACGGUUUCUAUUGCACUGUUAACUCUCUACAGAGGUGGGCACCAUAGCAAAUCUAUUUUUUUAUAUAGCAUUUUAAGUGAAAUACCAACAUUGUACAUAUUUAAGAAAAUGCAGCUAUUUUUUUCUAAUUGAACCAGGACCAUAUUUUAUUCUCAACCCUGAAACGUGUUUUUGGGGAACACGAGCACUUCAGAAGGAAGAGCUUUUUUGAUAUUUUUAUGAGACUUUGAAGAUGGAAUGCAUAUGCUACACUUCUCCAAGAGGUGACCUUUUUUUCAACUGAACAUUGAUGCUGACUGUUAUUUCACUGCAAUGCUGCCUAGAGUUUUUGUAUAAUAUUAAUAUCAAUAAUAAUUAAAUUGUAAAAAAAAAAAGUUGAGGUUAAAGAUAUAUAUAAAGGCGUGAACUCAGCUUUUUGGAAUACAUAGUAUUGUAGAAAUAAACAAAUCUGUACGUUUUAUUUAUUAUUUUAACGAUUGUGAGUAUAGAUCAUAAGGACAGAGAAUAGCAGAGUAUACCAGAAAAAAAUAUGGGAGAUGUCUACUUGAAUAUUUCUAAAAAUAAAAAAAAAAAUCAAUAAAAUAAAUAAAAAAGUAAAACAUAUCAGUGUACAUGUUAUGUUUACACGUUUUAGCAAUAAAGACUAUGUUUUCAACGUGUUUUAGUGUCAAGCAAUGUUGCUUACAACGAGGGUCUAUAUGCAGUGGGCGUGUACACUGUAAAAAAUAUCACAUGGCCAUGGUGUCUCAUUCAGUCCUCAAAUAUUUCCAGACAUGAAAAAGUCUCCGGAUAGAUGAAAAUGUGUGAACUCAACUGCGAAAAGAAGGGUUGAAUUUGAAGGAUUUUAUGUUUGCAGCUGUAGAGAAAUGCUAUCUUUUCCAUGACAGUUUCCUUGAGAAGAAAAUUCAGCUAAAUUUGGUGAAAAUGUUUCAGACUGACUGACAUUUUUUACAGUGUGCUCAGCCGUGCUCCAGAGAGGAGUGGAGUCACAAACUGCACAGUAAGUCCAAGCUUCAGUGAUUCUGUGUGGACUGCCUGACGCUCCACGCCGUCACAGUGAUUUGAGAAAGGGCUGAUUUACUACGCUGCGUAAUCUACAACACAUACCUCUAGCGCCUCCACAGAACUGGCAUUCAUUUGUCUCCUCCAGAGGGAGAGGGAGAGAGACGAGAGCACGCACAUUCAUCUGCCAGGUCUGCGCACAGGCUCGUCCCAGGGUCUCCGAGGUGUUAACACAAUGCGUAAAAUAUGAUUCAAACGUUUCAAACACUGUCACAUGAUGAAACGGCGAGCGUUUACGCGCGAGCCAGGGGCGUCUGGGGUCUGUGCUUUUUACUCUGGAAGCUCCACACAAGUUCCACUGAGGUAUUUGUAUAGAGGUAGACUGGAGCAGACCGGCGCCUAUUCAAGUCUGACCGCCCUGAAGAGAGAGAGAGAGAGAGAGAGAGAGAGACGAGAGAGAGAGCGAGAGAGAGAGGAAGAGAGAGCACAAAGCCCAUAAAACAAUGGUCAACUGUUUUUCACGUUAGCAGACUAUUAAUUGGAGAGCUGCUGUCUGCGCGUUAAAGAGAUAUGGCCAAUUAAAGGCGCAGGGAAAUUAAGUUCAGGGAAAUCAAAGCGUCAUUUUCUGUGAGCAGGGCUUUUAUAGUGUUUAUAUUAUUCUUUAAACACAAUCAACGACUUGAACAGAGCUAUGACUGCAUGUCUGAAAGCAGCUUGUGUAGUAUUUCCACUGAGCGCAUCUUGUGUGCGUUAAAGUGAUUUGUGUUUCUGCGGGCAGAGUUGGAUUUGACACUUGCCGCCCGGUUAUUGUGACAGAACCACUGAGGGGAUUUGGUAAGCAGAGAAGAACGGCAGCCUGCCAGCGGAGGAGGAGGAAGAGGAGGAGGAGGAGGAGAAGGAGGGAAGGGGGGCUGCUUUCCUUACUGUCAGCUUCUUUCUUGAUGAUGUCUCGGGGUUUUUAGAAACUGCGUCUCUGACUCGACGGCGCCACUCAGCCGCCCCCUCUCGACUGCGCAGAAUGAGGCACUUUGGGAAACAGUAA